AGAAAUAGCGUUCUUAAAUUGAGCCUUUUGUGGCCGAUGAAUACAUUGAACGUCUUGUGUGGAGAACCCCAGGAGGUGGGUCUCGAGGUGGACCUGAAGCUUUUGAUCCUAAAAGGCUAUUAGAAGAAUUUGUGAAUCAUAUUCAGGAACUCCAGAUAAUGGACGAAAGGAUUCAAAGGAAAGUAGAGAAGUUAGAACAACAGUGUCAGAAGGAAGCUAAGGAAUUUGCUAAGAAGGUCCAAGAGCUCCAGAAAAGCAAUCAGGUUGCCUUCCAACAUUUCCAAGAACUAGAUGAGCACAUUAGCUAUGUAGCCACCAAAGUGUGUCAUCUUGGAGACCAGUUGGAAGGGGUAAACACACCUAGACAACGUGCAGUGGAGGCUCAGAAGUUGAUGAAAUAUUUUAAUGAGUUUCUAGAUGGAGAAUUGAAAUCGGAUGUUUUUACAAAUUCUGAAAAGAUAAAGGAAGCAGCAGACGUCAUUCAGAAGUUGCAUCUGAUUGCCCAGGAGUUACCUUUCGAUAGGUUUUCAGAAGUAAAAUCAAAAAUUGCAAGUAAAUACCAUGAUUUAGAAUGCCAACUGAUUCAGGAGUUUACUAGUGCCCAAAGAAGAGGGGAGAUCUCCAGGAUGAGAGAAGUAGCAGCAGUUUUACUUCAUUUUAAGGGUUAUUCCCAUUGUAUUGAUGUUUAUAUAAAGCAGUGCCAGGAGGGUGCUUACUUGAGAAAUGAUAUAUUUGAAGAUGCAGCAAUACUCUGUCAGCGAGUGAACAAGCAAGUUGGAGAUAUCUUUAGUAAUCCAGAAGCAGUACUGGCUAAACUUAUUCAGAAUGUGUUUGAAAUCAAACUACAGAGUUUUGUGAAAGAUCAGUUAGAAGAAUGUAGGAAAUCGGAUGCUGAGCAGUAUCUCAAAAGUCUCUAUGAUCUGUAUACCAGAACCACCAGUCUUUCAAGCAAAUUGAUGGAGUUUAACUUAGGUACUGAUAAACAGACUUUCUUGUCUAAGCUUAUCAAGUCCAUUUUCAUUUCCUAUUUGGAAAACUAUAUUGAAGUGGAGAUUGGAUAUCUGAAAAGCAGAAGUGCUAUGAUUCUCCAGCGCUAUUAUGAUUCAAAAAACCACCAAAAGAGAUCCAUUGGCACAGGAGGUAUUCAAGAUUUGAAAGAAAGGAUUAGACAACGUACCAACUUACCACUGGGGCCAAGUAUUGAUACGCAUGGGGAAACUUUCCUAUCUCAAGAAGUGGUAGUUAAUCUUUUACAAGAAACCAAACAAGCCUUUGAAAGAUGUCAUAGGCUGUCUGAUCCUUCUGAUUUACCAAGGAAUGCCUUUAGAAUUUUUACCAUUCUUGUGGAAUUUUUAUGUAUUGAGCAUAUUGAUUAUGCAUUAGAAACGGGGCUUGCUGGAAUUCCAUCAUCAGAUUCUAGGAAUGCAAAUCUCUAUUUUUUGGAUGUUGUACAACAGGCCAAUACUAUUUUUCAUCUUUUUGACAAACAGUUUAAUGAUCACCUUAUGCCACUAAUAAGCUCUUCUCCUAAAUUAUCUGAAUGCCUUCAGAAAAAAAAAGAGAUAAUUGAGCAGAUGGAGAUGAAAUUGGAUACUGGCAUCGAUAGGACAUUAAAUUGUAUGAUUGGUCAGAUGAAGCAUAUCUUGGCUGCAGAACAAAAGAAAACAGAUUUUAAGCCAGAAGAUGAAAACAAUGUUUUGAUUCAGUAUACUAAUGCAUGCGUAAAAGUCUGUGCUUAUGUAAGAAAACAAGUUGAGAAGAUUAAAAAUUCCAUGGAUGGGAAGAAUGUGGACACAGUUCUGAUGGAACUUGGAGUACGUUUUCAUCGGCUCAUUUAUGAGCAUCUUCAACAAUAUUCCUAUAGUUGUAUGGGUGGCAUGUUAGCAAUUUGCGACGUAGCUGAAUAUAGAAAAUGUGCCAAAGACUUCAAGAUUCCAAUGGUAUUACAUCUUUUUGACACUCUGCAUGCACUUUGCAAUCUCCUGGUCGUUGCUCCAGAUAACUUAAAGCAAGUCUGCUCAGGAGAACAACUUGCCAGUCUGGACAAGAACAUCCUUCACUCCUUCGUACAACUUCGUGCUGACUAUAGAUCUGCCCGCCUAGCUCGGCACUUCAGCUGAGUUGAAGUCACAAAGGAAAUGUGUUGUAUUUCAGAAGGCCUCGGGUGAUAGAAGCACAGGAGAUUCCUUAUGACACAGCCAAUGUUUUAUGUGAAGAAAUGACUGGAAGAAAGCAGCAGCCAUACUUACCCAGGAAUUUCAUUGAAAGUUGGACACCAUUAGCUAUAUUUUGCUUUUUAUCUUUUCCCUGUUACAUUGAAUUCCAUACUUUAAUUUAUAAAUUUCAAAUUCUUUAAACCUAUACGUGACUGUUAUAAUCCUGAAAAAUGUUGGUGUGAGAAGAUGAAUGAAUUUCACCAGUGUUCUGGUUCUUGAUCUUUAACGCAUUCUCUUUGGAAACCCUACCAUUCCUGUUUUGAUUAAAAUAGGUGAAGUGCAGUAAAA